GAACUAUCAAAGCGGGAGGAAAACAUAAGCUGCUGAACAAUAAAAAAUUUCUGAAGAAAAUAAUUACAAACCACAAAGAUAUCUUAAGUGUUAUUGCAGAUGCACAAAUUGUUAUCGGACCGGCUGUUGCAACCCAAAUAGCUCUAGGAGCAAUAUUGUUGGCUGCAUUCCUUUUCUCAGUAAUGGAAAUUAAAGGUAAUAUUUCUUUGACUGUCACAUAUAUUUUAUUGUUUAGUGUCAUGGCAUCAUUAAACUUUACUUUUUGUCUUUAUGGAGAGAUGCUCCAAACACAGGGAAAUAAAUUAUUUGAAUGCCUUUGUAGCUUACCAUGGAACGAAAUGACUCCCCAAACUAGAAAAGAUUUUAACUUUAUAUUAUUGCAAGCGAGAAAGCCGAUUCAAAUAAGUUACAAAGGAUUGUUACCAGUAAAUUUUCAAUCAUUUCAGUUUGUGAUGAAUUCUAGCUACUCUUUCUUAAUGCUCUUGAAUUCAACAAAAUAAUGAUUAAAUACCCAAAAGCAGUAAUAAAUGGUAGCAGUUGUCAUUAUUGUGUUUAAGUAUCUGAAAUAGCUUAGACUAUAUGUAUUAAAUCUAUUUUAAGAUAAAUAAAAUGUAUCAUUUAGUUUCAGAUUGAUGUGAAAUGUUAUAUAAAUUAUUUUAUUAUUUUCCAUUAUUAUUUUAUUGUAUAAUGAAGAAUCCAAAUAAAUACUAUUCGUGUGUUGUAAGCUAAAAUGCAUAUGUAAUUUCAG